AUGGAGGAAGACGGCGGCAACGUAGCGGAUGACGCUGCGAUGGCGGCGAUGGAAGCGGAGAAGACCCAGAAUUCAGACAACGUCAUGAUGCACAACUUGUCAGAAGCCCAAACGAUGGAGCAGAUACCAACAGAGAAGGUUAUGUACAUUGCCAAGGCAGAAGCGAAAGUGUGCCCAACUGAUGCCAUUCAAAACCCCACUGACACCAUGGAAAACCCCACUGUUGAAGAACGAAAUCAUGUACAAGUUGGGGCGUUGUGGAAGGAGUAUAGCCUGUCACAUACCUCCCUGCUCGUGGGUCUGAUCCUUGCAAACUUGGGCCUGAUUCUAUAUGCUCACAUUGGGGUGUCUGGUGUCAUCUUCACUAGUUUCAACUUGGCAGGAGCUCCAGGAACAACAGCUGCGCCAUCUUCAACUCCAACUCCAGUAUCAGGAACACCCUUGGAUCAGUGCACGGCCCAGGACCUUUUGAUUUGGCAUGGAAACAGCACUGCAAACAGAACACUUUACAACACUGCUUUGUUGAAAUGUGGCACUGAUUGUUUCGGCACAGAUCCGACUUGCAUCAAAACUUGCAUGGUGAAAACUUAUGGAUACAGUUCAGCCUGUGCUUCUUGUUUCAGUGUUACUCCUCAAUGCACCUUGUCAGGAUGCUCCACAUGCAUAUCAAAUCAAAAAGGAUGCGAAUGCGUUGACUGUGUGAAUCUGAAAUGUGCCCCAACACUUGAGGCAUGUCUUGGGAUGGGCGCCGUCAAUCUUUCUGCUUGCACUCGGCAGCCACCAAAGCAAGAGGCGCCUCCGCCACUCUCCAGCAUUUCAACCUUGUAUCCUGCUUACGACAUUGGAUUCGGCCCGAGCGUGAAAGACGCAUACAACUCAGGAGCAAGGGGUAUUGCAGCCAUCAUUGUGAUCUUCUCCGGAGCGUGGCCAUAUCUGAAGAUCAUAAUCAUGCUGACAUUGUGGUUUGCCCCGCUUGCAAAUCGAUUUCGCUACAUCGCUUUGAAGUUUCUCGUUCGAGCAAGUAAACUCACCCUGGUGGACGUGUAUGCUGUCAUAGUGAUCAUGGCGGGUGUCAACAUUUACACCUCCGUCGCGGGACAACCUGUGCUGAUCAAAACCGAAACGAGAGGAUCUAUUUAUUCCUUUCUCAUAUCCUCACUUCUACAACUUUCCCUCGAGAACUGGAUGAUGUACCUUCAUAACCAGAAGAGCGAGGACAACACAGAUCUGAAUACAAAGAAAGUCUUGGAUUCUCUCCUCAUCCAAAAGGACAUUUGCAGCUUGAUCGUGAAAUGCCAAGAGAAAUUUUACGAGGUUUCAAACAUUGGGGUAAUCAUCGUGUUCCUGAUCACUUGUGCUUCACUGGGAUUAUUGAUUGCUGGAAUGGCCUUGCCGAUCAUUUCCUUUCGGACGGUAGGUUUGGCUGCAACCGGGGAUUACAACGCUGACUACCGGAAUUUGACUCUGUUCAACCUAGGGGAACAUUCGCUUUCUGCUAUCGUGAUGUACAAGCAUGCAGAACCGUCUGGUGCGCGAUUCCUGGUCACAUUCUAUUACAUCCUGGGGAUCGCCUUGCCACUUGGAAGUGCAUUCUUGACUGGCGUGUCGUUCAUCUACUUCCUUUGUUUCAGAGUUUCCAUGAAGAUGAGAAAGGGGCUCUACCGCGGAAUCUCCAUGACAUUCUCAUACAGCUCCAUCGAAGUUCUCUUGCUCGCAACUGUCGUGGUCAUGCAGAAAUAUGACGAUUUGAUCGAGAAAGCAGUUGGUUCAAGCGCAACGAAUUUCUGUGCUGGCAAGACAGGGAACGAAUGCUUUGGGAUUCAGGGUCACGCCGAGGUUGGUGCUAGCUUGCUUAUUUUGUUUGGCUUCAUUCUCCUCUGGAUUCUUCAAUGGAUUUUCGCCUUCAUGUUAAGUCACCUCAGGCUUCCAGACUCGUAUGCCGUGUUGCAAGUAUCCCCUGACAUGCUGACGGUGAUCCGGCCGUUGAUUCGUGAGGUUGCAAGCCUCAGGCUUGCCGCGAGUCCGGCGUCCGAGGCCAAUGCGUGA